AUGAAACGAUCGGGUGGCAGUGAGAGCGAGAAGAGAAGAAAGAGGCGCAGGCUGCUGCAGGAGCUAGGAGACCAGCGUAUCCCCUACCUCGGGCCCUCAGACCAUGGCUUCCAACAGCUGUGGGAGACUAGCUACUCUGGCCUGGCUCUGCGGCGGUCCUGCUCCCUGCCUGAGGAGCUCCAUGGUCGGGUGGAGGCUGCUCUGCUCACCCUGCGGCGGAGGGGCUGUUUCCUGAGGGACCUGGUGAAGGUGAGGGACCGAGACGUCUUCACCGCCGUGUCCCGGGUGCUGCUGGGUCAGCCAGGAACCACCUACCGCUACCUGGACACGCGGCUCUUCACCAUCCCCUGGCACACAGACGAGCAGAGAGGGACCUGCUGCGACCCAGACCUCAGCGCUGCCUGCAAAGCACUCUGGGAGCUCAACUGCUUCUUCUGCUCUGAUGUCGGAGACAGGAAGGAGGGGGAUGUUUUCAAGCAGUGCAGGAAAGAGUUGGUUGGUGCUAUAGAGUCUAAACCCAGUGUAGAAGAAGACACGGAGUCUAAAGAUAGCGAGGAGUCCAAACCCAGUGACGAUGGAGGAGACUCGGAGUCCAAGCAGAGUGAGGAGGGAGAGACUGAGUCAAAGCACAGCGACGAUUGGGACAUAGAGUCAAAACACAGUGAAGAGGAAGGCCCAUCGUCCAAACAGGAUGCAGCGUGGGAGUCAAGACACAGCGACGAGAUGGGAGACAUGAAGACUAAACAAACUGAACUGGGUAGUCCAGCGGGGUCAAAACAACACAGUGAGGGAAAACACACAGGCUGGAAGCACAGGCCAGCUGGCAGCACAGAGACAGAGACCACAGGCCUAGGCCCUCAGGAGAAGCCUGUGGCUGAGCUAAAAUACAGUCUCUCUGGGUACCACAUUGAAGAUGAGGAGGAUGAAGACCAGCAGAGUGGCCAGGGAUGCUCUAACCUCAACCCUGCUAAGACAUCCUGUCCUGGCCCGACCCAGUUCAACGUCACCCUGCUCAACUACAUGGACCCAGCAGCUAUGAGCCAGCUGAAAGAAGAGCCGUAUUAUGGGAUGGGUAAGAUGGCUGUGGGCUGGCACCAUGAUGAGAACCUGGUCAGCCUAUCUCCUGUGGCCGUCUACAGCUACAGCUGUCAUGACGACGACAAAGGUGUGAGCUCGGAGGAGGGUCCUACAGAGAAGGGCUGCUGGAGGAUUGGUCUAAAGGUGGCCUGGGACAUCCACACCCCUGGAUUGACCCUCCCACUGCAGUCCGGAGACUCCUACUACCUGAGAGAUGAUCUGAACAGGACCCAUCAGCACUGUGUUCUGGCUGGAGACUCGGCCCGCUUCAGCUCUACACACAGAGUGGCGGAGUGUUCCACCGGGACCCUGGACUACAUCCAGUCUCGCUGCCGGGAGGCCCUGUCUAACCUGAGCACAGACCCAGAAACAGGGACCCACAGCCUUCUCUCCCUGCUGCCAGCUACCCUGCAAGGCUACGAGGAGAUACACAACGAGGUGGAGUUUGAGUGGCUGAGGCAGUACUGGUUCCAGGGCCAGCGCUACACCCGGUUCUGCAGCUGGUGGGCCAGACCCAUGGGGCAGCUGGAGAAUGACUGGAGAGAGAUGGAGCUCAUGACGCAACUCUUAUUGGCAGCGGUAGAGGAAGAGGGACAACCGGAGGAGGGCAGGAGAGAGAUGGCGGAGACCUUGCUAACUGCCCUGACAGACAGACAGCAGCACAGGCAGACCUGGAGAGACAGCCUGGACACCCUGUGUUCAGGGGCAGACGAGACCCCGGCCCUGGCUCUGGUACAGCGCUCCCGGACAAAGGGCCUAGCCUGUCAUCAAGCCCAUGGGUCAGCAGGGGCCACAGGGGCCAGGCUGGAGUUAUGUUCAGGCUGUGUGACAGAGUCCCCCCUCGCCGAGGUGGGACCCAGAGAGAGGAACAAUGGGGAUCCCCUGUCCCAGAUGGGAAUUUGA